UAUGAAUUGCCGCGAAUUGUGUCUUCCCAAUAUCAGUUUCUAAGUUUGGAUCGGGAUCUAGUCUCGAUUUCUAGAUUGACGUACUCUGAGCCUUGCAUCUUUAGGCCAGACAUAAACCUACCAAAAUCUAAACUGUACCCUUCAUGGGUAUCAAGGGUCUUCUUCCAUUCUUAAAAAAUGCAUCAGUUCCUAUUAAUCUAGCCGACUUUAGUGGUUAUGUUGCUGCUGUGGAUGUUUACUGUUGGAUCCAUAGAUCUUCAUAUGCAUGCGCUUCUGAUCUAGCACUUGGGAUUCCAACUGACCAAUACGUCCGGUAUGUUGUUAAGUACAUCAACCUCAUGAAGUCAUGCAAUGUUAAACCAAUCCUUGUAUUUGACGGCUCAGAUUUGCCAUCCAAGGCCGAAACGGAUUCAAAACGUCGAGAGACCAAAGAGUUAAAUCGAAAAAAAGCUGCAGAAUAUCUUAUGAAGGGAGAUAAAGCAGCUGCGCAAGAGUGCUUUGAAAGGUCGGUGUUCGUCACUUCCGAAAUGGCAUAUGAGGUUCUUCGAGCUGCUCGUAACAUGGGUGUUGAUUGUGUUAUCGCACCAUAUGAAGCAGAUGCUCAACUAGCGUAUCUUAAUCGAACGGGUUAUGCCGACUUUGUCAUCACUGAAGAUUCUGAUUUAUUAUUAUUUGGAUGUAGACAGGUUGUAUUCAAACUUGAUUUAUCGGGAUCAGGGGUUCUUGUAGCAGCCGCGUCUGGUAUAUGUGAAUGCUGUGGAAUUCCUGCUAGUCAAUUCACCGAAUCAAAAUUUAGGUUUAUGGGCAUUAUGGCUGGCUGUGACUAUUUUAGUGGAAUUCCUGGCAUAGGAUUAAACACUGCUGCUAAAAUAUUACGUCAGACCCGCAUAACAAAUUUCAGAGAACUGUUGUCGAAAUUGGGGUUUUAUACCAAACUUAGCAAUAAUGCUCUUGCGAAGGAUGAUACAGAAGUUGUGAAUACUAAAAAUACUCGUGACAAACGACAGAACGUAAAAACAGUUAAUUACAACAAAAGCUCCCAAAUAAGUGAAUCACUUCUUAAUGCUGCUGUACGUGCAGAGCGAACGUUUCGACUUCAAGUCAUCUUUGAUAUCGCAUCUAGAUGUCAAAAGCGGUUCAGUGAACCUACUCCUGAGGAUAUAGAUGAGGAAUUACAUAAUUUAGAUGAGUUGAAAGGACCAAAUGAAGACGAAGUUGACCUCUUUAGUUAUGCAGGACGGGUUUUAAAAGACAAUGAGAAAGCGUUCAAUCGAGCUCUUGGAAAUAUCAGCUAUUCUGAUGAUACCAUUAUAGAUAAUUACUACCCUUGUACAUCAAAAAAUAAUUCAAUGCAAGUAAAUGGAGCCAUCAUCGGACAUUCAACUAUUCAAACAAAAGUACAAUCAUCAGGAUUACGACCUAAUCCCGAUCGUUUGAAAAUAAGCAUAUGGGAUAAAAGUUAUCCUAUUCAGAAAUUUUGGCUUCGUCGUUCUCAGAAUGGUUGCAUUGAGCCGGUUUCAGAUUUCUCGUCAACUGAUUCAGACUUUUCUUCUACAGGGAAAGAAAAUAAAGACCCGGUUGAGAAAUCACCUAUAAAGAAAUUGGAAUUGAAGAAGACACAGUCAACUUGUGGACGUCGAAUACUGGUUCCUGCAGCUAUUCAACAAAGUCUUAAAAACCUAAGAAAUAGUAUGUCUGUUCCACAAAUCGAACAUCAGGAUUCACCUAAACGCCCAUGUCUUGGACUCAAUAACUCUACAGUAGAUGACACUUCCGAUGUUUUGCAAGUUUACGGUCAAUCGGAAGAAUUUCCACUUACACCUAAACUGAAAGACCGAAAUCAUCUUUCAUCUUCCAUUGUUUCUGCUUCUGGUUACUUUCCAAUUCAAGAGAAAAGUGAUGUUCCAAAAGCUAUAGACGAUGCCAUCAAUAAUUCACUGAAUGAUGAUAAUGAUGAUCUUGGUCGUUCUCAAACUUCUCGUAGUCCAGUAUUUUACAAGGCUAGUUCAAAUCCGUUUCGAAUAGCCUCCGAAUUAUAUUUAUGCAAAUCAAAAGAGAAAGUUGAUAAUAAUUUCGAUAUUUCUGUAAUGUUAAAUGAUGAACGUAAAGACUGUUCUUCCAUUGUUUUCAGCAGUAAUAUGCAAUCUGGCUGUCGACGCUCAUUAGAUUUCAAAUACAAGAAACCCUGUCAACUGUGGGGAAAUUCUUCAUCGAUUGAGUCAAAUAAUAAACAGUCCAAUUCUUCAGAUUCUCUGAUACCUGACCUUAACAAGUGGGAAACUGAGUUGCAAGAUAGCUCCUCUUCGACCGAGUCAUCUCCAAGUUUUCUAAAUUCGCAUAAAGUUGCAUCUCAUACUUCAAGUUUGCCAAAUGGGAAAACUACUUGUAAUCGCCUCUCUCUAAUCAGUAACCGAAGUUCAAGUGUACAAAAUCCUCAUGUUUCCGAUGUUACACUACCGAACGCGAGCAUUCUAGAUGUAAAACACAAUAGCAUCUCAAAACUAUCAAAUAACAAUCUUAACAGUAAACAACACUCUUCACAUUCAAAGAUAUCUGGCAAAAAUCGUUUACCAUCUGUACAAUCUUCAACUUUGGAUUCUUUUUUUCAGAAAUGGAAAUUUAAAUAAACCUACCAAUCUUUAAAUAUUUUUUUUCUUAUAUAUAUAUAUAUAUAUAUAUAUAUAUAUAUAAGAGUAUAUACAUAUCGAUAUAAUUCCUGCUUUCGUUCCUAGAUCUAUUGGUAUGUAUAUAUUUUUUGGUAAUUAAAUUUCUUUCCUUCCAAUUGGUCUAAUUACGUUAAAGUUUUUGACCUUGUCUUUGUUUCUUAUUACUUGUAAUUUCGAUCCGGAAUUUUCACCUCAGCUUCUGAUUUAUGUAGAUAUUAGAAGGGUUGUUUAAAAUAUAAAUAGCGGUUGUUUUGUAAACAAAAUGAUUAUAAGAGUAUUCAAUAAAAUAUAAAAAAUAGUAGUUAUUAGUAUUACGCAAAUAUAGUGUUUCUUCUAGCUAUAUCCUUCCAGCGAUUGAUCAUUAUCUGUGUUUGGAUUAUUUAAUUAUAGUUCCAUUGGGUAAAUUAAUAUACCUAUCCAGACUGUUAAUAUUUCGUCAGACAUUGUUCAAAUGACAGAUGUGCUUGUUCUAGUCAUCGUCAUUCUUGGCUUAGUUGACGGAUUUUAUAAACAUUGGUUAAGCUUAGAAUGUGCUUUAUUUUCGAAAAUAACAAGUGCUUGAAUUGUAUUGGGGACCAUGUGACCGUGCCGCUUAUCAUGGGAGCGGUUGUGUUCUCUAGUCCGAUUAUCAGCUUAUUCACCUACACUGCCUCUCAGACCAGUAAUCUACUUUGCCAAGGAUACAGUGAUUACUAAACAACUACCCCGAGAUCCUAACACCUAUUAGUCCUCGAUAUCUGAUUCAGCGUCUAAUCAAAAGACGAAGAUAGCAAGCAUAAUUAUCCUCUUUUGACUCGAAAUUCAUGCAAUAAUAAUUUCUCAAACAACAGACUGCGUAACUAACAAAUUAAGAAUUAAAGUGUAUGGUCAACUUAGUUAUCCGUAAUACAAAACAGGAAUGGGGAAAUCAUAGAUAGGUCUGGACUGACACGUAGUACAACAGUUUACGAGUCAAACGAAAGUUUAUAAAUAGGUGGAUAUAAAAAUAUAGAAAUCCAAGCUCCUAGUAAUUACAUGAUAAAAAGAUAAACUAUGGCUCACUUUAAAUUCACUUGAUAUUGUUUGCUCGAAUCUUUCAAUUGAUGUUUAAGACUGAAAUUGAUCAGUCUCUUAUUGGCAUAUGUGCAUACUGUGUGUAUUGCUUCGAUAUAGCCCGAAUCCACAAGCAUUAUAAAUAAAGAUGAAUAGUGGUUAGCAGUUGGAUCCAGGACGUGCGUCCCGCCCUAUUUGCAUAUAAUGGUUGUGGAUUAAGGCUAUAUCGAGGCAUUACGCACAGUAUGCACAUAUGCCAAUUUCAGUCCUAAAAAUCAAUGGGAAGAUUCAAAGAAACAAUACCAAGUGGAUUUAAACUUCACCCCAUUGCAAAAGCAAGUGGCUAUCAGGACUCAGUAGCUAACUGGAUAGCGCGUUGACGUUUGAAAUGAAUGGUACUGAGUUUGAGUCCCAGGGUAAAUAUAAACUUUGAGGUACAGGUACAUCCAGCUGACGAGUCGUAAAUAGGACGGAAAGCGGGUUUUGCAUUCCACUGCUAGCCACUGUCCAUCUUUGCAUAUGACUCGCUUUAGUUUUGAAAUCAUUCAGCCUAGUCUUUAAUUGGUUCUCAGCUUUCAUUGUUCAAGCCAACUUAAUUUACACUAAGCGUCGUAAAUUAUAACGCUGAAAAGUUAUAAUGAACUGUCUAAAUUAUCAUGGUUGUGCACGUCUUAGUACUAUUUUUGUAAAUUGAUGUCUUGGAAAUAUUUUUCAACCCAUAGAAUUUUGUUGCAAAUUAGUUAAUAUGAUAUUUUAAACAUAUCAAUAUCGUUGACAUUGUUUUUAAUAACGGUCGAUGUCAUCUGAUAAUCCCCGUCUUCUUAUUACUCUAUCGGAAUUCAUCAGAUGGACUGAAUGCUUUAGAUGUCAUUUUUAUUUUCGGAUUUUACAAUAUCGUCUGUUAGAUCAUUUUUAUUCUUCCUUAUUGUAAAACCUAUUUCAACAUACAACAUUGUUCAGUAAUUUUCAUUUUAGUUCAUUCUGAACUUCUAACCACUAUCUUAAGAUAACGCUUGAUUAACAUUAUUUUAUUUCAGUUUGCCCUCAUUCAUGACUUUCAGAGUGAACUACUGCUGUAAGCUAAACUAUGUAAAGUACGUGAAAU